UCGCUCUCUCGGCCGUGGCCCACGCGGCUGGCUCGCUCUGCGGGGCAACAUGGCGGACACGGAAGUAUUUAUUUUGCCGAAAAAGCAUAAGAAGAAAAAGGAGCGGAAGUCGUUACCAGAAGAAGAUGUAGCAGAAAUACAGCAUGCUGAAGAAUUUCUUAUCAAACCUGAAUCCAAAGUGGCUCAAUUGGACACAUCUCAGUGGCCCCUGUUGCUAAAGAAUUUUGAUAAGCUAAAUGUAAGGACAACACAUUAUACACCCCUUCCUUGUGGUUCAAAUCCUCUGAAGAGGGAGAUUGGGGACUACAUCAGGACAGGUUUCAUUAAUCUUGACAAGCCCUCCAACCCCUCUUCCCAUGAGGUGGUAGCAUGGAUCCGACGAAUACUUCGAGUGGAGAAGACAGGACACAGUGGUACUCUGGAUCCCAAGGUGACAGGCUGUUUAAUCGUGUGCAUAGAACGAGCCACGCGCUUGGUGAAAUCACAACAGAGUGCAGGCAAAGAGUAUGUGGGAAUUGUCCGGCUGCACAAUGCUAUUGAAGGGGGGACUCAACUUUCUAGGGCCCUAGAAACUCUGACUGGUGCCUUAUUCCAGCGCCCCCCACUUAUUGCUGCAGUAAAGAGGCAGCUCCGAGUGCGGACCAUCUACGAGAGCAAGAUGAUUGAGUAUGACCCUGAAAGAAGAUUAGGAAUCUUUUGGGUGAGUUGUGAGGCCGGCACCUACAUUCGGACGCUGUGUGUGCACCUUGGUUUGUUAUUGGGAGUUGGCGGUCAGAUGCAGGAACUUCGGAGGGUUCGUUCUGGAGUCAUGAGCGAAAAGGACCACAUGGUGACGAUGCAUGAUGUGCUUGAUGCCCAGUGGCUAUACGACAACCACAAGGAUGAGAGUUACCUGCGGAGAGUCAUUUACCCUUUGGAGAAGCUGUUGACAUCUCAUAAGCGGCUGGUUAUGAAAGACAGUGCAGUGAAUGCAAUCUGCUAUGGGGCGAAGAUCAUGCUUCCAGGUGUUCUCCGAUAUGAGGAUGGCAUUGAAGUCAAUCAGGAGAUCGUGGUCAUCACCACGAAAGGGGAAGCAAUCUGCAUGGCUAUUGCAUUAAUGACCACAGCGGUGAUUUCUACCUGCGACCAUGGUAUAGUAGCCAAGAUCAAGAGAGUGAUCAUGGAGAGAGACACUUACCCUAGGAAGUGGGGUUUAGGUCCAAAGGCGAGUCAGAAGAGGCUGAUGAUCAAGCAGGGCCUUCUCGACAAGCACGGCAAGCCCACAGAGAGCACGCCUGUCGCCUGGAUGCAGGAGUAUGUUGACUACAGUGAUUCUGCAAAGACAGAGGUGGUGGCCAAAGCAGUAAAAGCCCCACAGGCAGUUGCCGAAUCCAUAAAAGCCCCACAGGUAGUUGCUGAGGUGGUAAAAACCCCAAAGGUAGUUGCCGAAGCAGUGAAAGCCCCAAAGCGGAAGCGAGAGAGUGAAAGUGAUGAGACCUCUCCAGUGGCUCCACAGUUGAUCAAGAAGGAAAAGAAGAAGAAGAAGGACAAGAAGGCCAAAGCUGCUCUAGAGAGUGCAGGCGAGCCGGGAGACGGGGACAGUGACACCACCAAAAAGAAGAAGAAGAAGAAGAAAAUAAAAGUGGAAAUGGUUUCUGAGUAGUGGAGACUACUUUAAGCACUGUGUCCAGCUGGGAGGAGAAAUUAAAGCCUUACUGAGAAAACAUA